AUGGAACAUCAAAAAAGGGGGAAUCUAACUCUUGUCACCCACUUUAUACUCCUUGGUUUUCAAGAUCUGAAGAAUCUUCAAAUCCUCCUUUUUCUGGGAUUUCUUCUCAUCUAUAUUGUGACAAUAGCUGGAAAUUUUCUUAUCGCUGUGGUUGUUGUGACUGAUCAGCAUCUUCAUACCCCCAUGUAUUUCUUCCUCGGCAACCUGUCUUGCUUGGAGAUCUGCUAUAGCUCAACCCUCAUCCCGGUAAUGCUGGAAACUCUCUUGAGGAAUGGAAAAACCAUUUCAUUCAGCAGCUGCUUCCUACAAUUAUUUUUCUUUGGCUACUGUUUAGGGGCAGAAUGCUAUUUGCUGUCUGUGAUGUCCUACGAUAGGUAUCUGGCAAUCUGUAAACCACUGCAUUAUGGGAUGACUAUGAGCACCACUAAGUGUAUCCAGUUAGCAGCUGUGUCAUGGAUCAAUGGUUUAAUAGGUAUUUCCAUUAUAAUGGUUUUGAUGUUGCAGCUGACAUACUGUGGACCUAAUGAAAUUGAUCAUUACUUUUGUGACACUGUUCCACUAAAAAAACUCUCUUGUAGUGACACAGGGUUAGUGGAAUGUGUUAAUCUAAUCUUGCUGUUUGUAUAUACAAUGCCCCCAUUUCUUGUAACUUGCAUGUCCUAUGUAUUUAUCAUAAUGGCCAUUGUAAGAAUUUCAUCCACCACAGGAAGGCAAAAGGCUUUCUCUACCUGUUCUUCUCAUCUUAUUGUUGUUUCUACUUACUAUGGUUCUUUAAUGACUGUGUAUCUGUUGCCAAACUCCUCUACAUUGAACAAAGCUUUUUCUCUCUUGUAUACAAUCCUUCCCCCUUUAGUCAAUCCUCUCAUAUACAGCUUGAGAAACAAGGAGGUGAACCAGGCCUUGAGACAAGCUCAAAGCAAGUUGGUCAAUUUAAGAAUAUUUCACAGUGUGCUAGCUUACUUAGUGAAUGCUAAAGAAAAAUAAAAGA